GGUCAGCAUUAUCCUAGUCACUGGCUCACCGGCAAACUGGUCAGUGACUCACUCAUUUCAGUCGACAGUAGUGUAACAGACAGCAUCCGUUGCUAAGGGGUAUGUUGCUUCGCUUCUCUACUAGUAAUCGGCUGUGGCAGGUACUAUAACUUCGAGGAUAUGGGGAGAGUAGCAGUACUUGCAACUUGUUCCUUAAACCAGUGGGCUCUUGACUAUCAGGGAAACGUGGAACGGAUCAUCGAAUCUGUCAGGAAGGCCAAGAAUUCUGGUGCCCGGUAUCUGUGUGGGACUGAGCUCAGCAUCACAGGUUACGGGUGCGGAGAUCACUAUCAUGAGAGGGACACGGAGAUGUAUGCCUGGGAAGCCCUUGCAACCAUCAUGAAAGAUCCUGCCUGCAGCGACAUCUUGGUUGAUGUUGGUUUACCCGUCAUGCACAAGAAUGUCAUCUAUAACUGCAAGCUGGUAUUCCUUAACAAGAGAGUUCUGCUCAUUCGACCCAAGAUGAUGUUAGCUAAUGACGGCUUCAUGGGGUAUCGCGAAACGCGUUGGUUCACUGCAUGGGCUAAGGUCCGGGAGGUGGAGGAGUUCCCGCUUCCUCCCGUCAUUUCGGGAAUCGUCGGCCAGGAGUCUGUGCCCUUUGGCGACGGAAUCAUCGCCACGAAGGACUCCACCAUCGGCUUUGACAUUUGCGAGGAACUCUGGAACCCUGAAAGUUGCCAUCUCAUGCAAUGCCUUGAUGGGGCCGAAAUCAUCGCCAAUGGAUUAGGAUCCUUAGAGGAAUUCGGUCGGCCUGAAAUAGGAUAUCAGAUGGUGCAAAUGGCUACCAUGAAAAGUGGAGGAUGUUAUCUGUUUGCAAACCAAAAAGGAUUUGAUGGCAACCAAGGAUACUAUCCAGGAGACUCCUGCAUUGGCCUUAAUGGAGAAAUAAUAGCUCACACCAAAGUGCACACAUUAGAGGAAGUUGAAGUGGUAAUGGCAGAAGUAGAUCUGGAAGCCAUUCGACGUUACAAAGCUGGCAUACGAAGCCGUUGCAUCCAGGCUGCUAAGAGCAAACCCUUCCCAAGGAUCAAGGUUGAAUUUUCACUUGGAGACGAAAACUGGCGGACCACUGGAGUCCCGUCCAUAGUCAGCGUAAACUGGUGGACCUGGACCACUGGACUCCCGUUCGUACCCCGCGCGAAGCCGCCCAUCCCGACGAAGGAGGAGCAGAUGUUAAAGGUUCCUGCCUGCUGGCUGUGGGAUUACCUGAGGAGGUCCGGCCGAGGGGGCCUGUUGCUGCCCCUGUAUUUUGAUGAAGAGUCGUUUGCCACAGCUGCUAUCGUUUAUUCUAUGUGUGUGAUGGUAUCAGAGGCCGUUGGGAAAGGCAACGAGAAGGUGUUGGAAGAUGUGCGAAGAAUAGUCGGCCAGAAUGAUUACGUACCUCGGGGUCCCAAGGAGUUAUGCGGACGUCUUCUUCACACCCUGUCUAUGGAGUUUUCGUCACCGGAUGAGUCUGAAGGCAGGCAAGCGGUUUCUUCACUGGCAUGUCAUAUUGGAAGCACGCAUUUGUCAGCGGAUUUAGGCAAGUUGCUCUCUGAGACAACGGCGUCAUUCGCAUCCAGCCUAGGAUUGUCUUCUGAGCAUCGAGGCGAAGAAGGAACAAGAACAGCGUCCCAGAACUUCCAGUCACGAAUGUCAUUAGCUGCUGCGUAUUUCUAUGCGGAGGUAGGUGCGUCAUCCGGCAGCCAGAUGAGAGACUUAAUUGUUUUGGGAGCAUCCAGCGCUGAUAAACAUUUGACAGGAUCCAACGUCAAGUAUGGGAGAACCUUCGGAGACCUGAACCUUCUGGGAAGCUUUUGCCAAAGGGAUAUCUCAAAUUCCUUCAGUUUGCUGCCAUAAGACUGGAUUUACCGGCACUGUAUGGAACUGACUCGCAGGAAGAGGAGAACAGUGAGCAGGUAACUUGCGCGUACUUGCAGGCUACUGAAGGGUGUGGCCCUUUCUCCAUGUUUCAGCGUCUGUGGUACUUCCAGAGAUGGGAAAGUGAUCCAGCAUCGGUUGCAGAGAAGAUCAAAGAGUAUUUUCGUGGCCAUAAUGAAGUUAGACGAAAUAUGUUUGGCCUCCCUCUGGUGUGCUACAUGCCCUCUCUGGGUCCACCUGAUGACGUGAAACCUUUCGUCUACCCAAGAACCUGGUCUUGGCAGCUACGUGCCCUUGAUAAAACGGUUGAUGAUAUCCAAAAAAAGCAGAGCCAGGAAGACUAAUUUGGUGGAAUCUUUCUCAAAAUGAAAAUAGAUUGUUCUACAUUGGUUAUUGUCAAAUAAUUUAGUUUCAUAUAUGCUGUAAACUUGCUUUUCAAGAUUGAAUAUUGUGUAUUUAUCCUUAUUAUGCAUAAUAUUAGGAAAAUGAAAGAAACAGAUGUAUGUGAUUGUUAUAUAUGAUUGAUUACAUAAAAUACUAUAUAUUUUAUGUUUAGUUUUUGAGCGUUAAACUGAUUAACAUACCUUUAAGUGUACAUACAGGCCCGUACCUAGAGAUUUUAUGGGGGGGCGGGCGGUUGUUGUUGCAUCGUUUUUCCCAAAACUGGACCUUUUCUUUAAUAAAUAUCAUUGUUAUUUUAGUUAUAUUAAGAAGAAAAAUUGGGUAUGCGGUCCAUGCCCUUCUACCCGAUUAGAUGUUAUUCAAAGUACGAAUGACUUUGGUUAACAGAAUUUUCCUUAUAAUGUUAAAAGUUUGCUCUGAAAUUCUAGAAUACCUCUUCAGUUUUAUAGACUGAUUCAUUUAUUAUGUUAAAGAUAACAUGCAUAUUACUUUAUUUGUUGUUAUGUUACUAUAUACUUUGACUUAACAAAAAAAUAUUAAUUAUUUAUUACUUUGUAAGUACAGUUCAAUGAAAAGUAUAGUCACAGAAAAUAUGGACUUCCAGAAAUUUUUUGUGGGGGGGAGUCGUUCGAUUCCGCUCCCCCCCCCCGCCCUCCCCCUCCCUCGGUACGGGCCUGACAUACGUACUAGUUCUUUUUUGCUCUGUUUUCGGUACAUAAUAUGACAUUGUAAAUGGUCAUCGAAUGUAGUCUACCGGAAGGUUGGGAAAAUAUUAAGAGAACAGAGCAAUCUCCUAAAUUCAACAUAAGCAAAUGGAAAUUAAAUUUUGAGCUCGAGAGCCUACAGAAAAUGUAGUGUUCAGGAUUUGUGGUACAGUAGAUUAGUUGCCAAGAGUAAUUAAGAAUUUUAUUGUAGAUUUAACAAGAGAUUACAAGUUACUUUUGUGAUUCCUCCUUGUCGUCCUUCAUUGUGAUCUCUAUUUUGGGCGUUAUAUAUUCGUUGUCUUCCAUAACAAUGUAAAAUUGCUAAUCAGAUGCAAUAAACUCACACUUAACUUCUUGUUUUCAUCAAUCAUGAUAAUUGAAUACUGGCAUACUCCUCCAUCUGCCUCAUCAGUAGCAAAGAUUUUGAGGCAGUUUUAUAGCUUUUGACCUAAGGUUUUCAAGUCCUGCUUUUGGGACAGUACCUACCAUACUAUACUCUGUUUUUUUUUCAUCUGUCCAUCCGCCUGUGGUGUUUUGUAUGGUAACACUGCGUCCCGGGCUUUAGAUGAUUACAUUCCGCUUACAUUCAACGAUUAUAAUAAUAUCCUAUUUCGAAUAUUAAUGGUGUAAUUCGCAUAAAGUAAAUCAUUAAAACACUUUUCAGUUGCAAAUGUACACCCAGAUAUCCUUUUAUUUACCUAAAACUUACAAAUAGCGUAACUAUCUAAAGACCGGGACGCAGUGUUACCAUACAAAAACACCGCAGGCGGAUGGACAGAUGAAAAAAAAAAAAAACAGAGUAUAGUGAAUCGCUCUCAACGACCUUCCAUUUCAAGUCAUGACGUAACUAGCACAUGUAUUAAACGUAUCACUCUCCAAAGUUUUCAGAACACAAUAUUGAACCUAUUUCGGGGUGAAAUAUUGCAUAUUUCGAGAUGUUCAGCCAGUUUUUAAUGCAUUGCUGGUUCAGUCAUUUUUUGACAGAAAUGACAUGACAAGUUUAACAUUGGUUAAUAUGUUCCUAAUGGUUGUUUAUCUCCUUUGUUCUUGAAAAAAAUUUUUUUUACAUGCAAUCUUGUCACGGUCAGUGUAUUAAUGAUGUUCUGGGCGUUUAUGUAUGUUUGAUUAUCUUCUUUGGAAAAUAAAUCGGUAUGACAAUAUG